AUGAGCGAUAUCAGUGCAAGUGAAUAUCUUGAACGUCAAAAGGAAUUGGAGGAUGAGGCGCGCGAUCUCAUGCCAUGGGAUCCUAAGCAAUGCACGUAUACUGACGGAUCCAUUCGGCAACAGAUCUUUGCAUGCUUAGACUGUGGCAUUAUGGGCGUUUGUUACUCAUGUUCCAUUCAGUGCCACUCCGAGUGCGAGCUGGUAGAACUGUUUGUGAAACGGAAUUUUACAUGUGAUUGCGGAACCGAAAGGCAAAGUAAGAAGAAGGGUGAAUAUUGGUGCCAGUUGCGGCGCAACUGUCAUCAAAGCAUUGCAUCUCUGUCCAAUAGGUAUGGUCAAAAUUAUGAGGGUAAAUUUUGUAGCUGCAGCAAGCCCUAUAAUCCUGAAUCUGAUGUUACCAUGUUGCAGUGCCUUCUUGGACUUGAAUGCAACGAGGAUUGGUACCACUGCUGCUGUCUUCUGCAGGAUCAUGAACACAACGAUGAACGAAAAGCCGCACGACUGGCGCAGAAUUUUCCGUCGCUGGAAUCAUUUGACGCUUUCAUAUGCUGGAAAUGUGUAAAGCGAUACGCAUCGACCUUUGAGCAUCUUUCAGCGCAUGAACUGGCUGACCGUGCUUUAGCCGGUAAGGUAUACAAAGAAGACCCUAUUGCGACAAAGGAAUCCGGUAUUGAGGAGAAGCCUGCCAACGAACGCAAAAGAAGACUAGAGGAAAACGUGGAGCGUGAGUAUUCUAUCUUAUUGAAAAGUGAUUACGCGACUAGUCUAAAUCGAAUCAAGGAAAGUCUUAAGCCCCCAGAUAAACUCUACGUCUUCUUGAAUGAUGUGGCUCCCUUCUUGAUAAACGAUGAUCCUAUCUAUGAACUUCAAGAAGAUGAGGACGAAGCGUCGACCUAUGAACUUGGAACGGAAGUUAUCGGGAAAUCUAUGGACAGCAAUAUGGUUUUUACCGGUUUAAAGGCCAUGGACGAAAUGAAGGUGAAAUUAAGCAAGUUCUUGAAACCUUUCGCAGAUUCUGGAAAAGUUGUCAAGGAGGAAGAUAUAAGAGAUUUCUUCAAUUCUCAAAGCAAAUAG